AUGACAGAUGUCGAGGUGGAAUUGGUUUUUGACUGCAAAAAGGAAACAGUUCAUGAAUUGGAGUAUGACAUUGUGUCGAUAAAUUACGAAAAUACAGAUGGAUCAAAUCUUCAACUAAACAUGCGAGCCUUCAAUAAAACUUAUAAGCUUAAUUUAACGAAAAAUAAUGAAGUUUUGAUCGGCCAAAAAACUCCAAUAUAUUUGGCUUACAGCGACUCCAAAAAGAAUUUAAGUAUAUCUUACCAAAAAUUUGAAUUUCCUCUUAUGAGCUCGUUGAAUGUUUAUUCUGAUCUAGUUAACAAUGCUGCCUUGAUGACGAAUAACGAUCGAGGAAAUGAUACACAUUUUACCGGUGUCAUAAACGAUCGAGUGAUGUUGCGACCAUUACCAAAACGUAUUGAUCUGGAUUUACUGAAGAAUGCAUCGUUUUCUAUCCCCAGGAAUUUACGAGAAAAUUUAUACUCCGGUCGAACUCAUCACAUUGCGAUAAAAACGAAAAUUCGCAGAGGCAAUUCUAAUAGAGGGGCAAUUAGGAAGUCAGAUGAAAGUAUACAAAAGUUGCGUCGAAUUGAAAGGAAGAGGCGCAAAAAAAGGGAAGAUUCAGAAAAUCAACAUUUUACUGACAAGGAUAUAGUUUAUCCAGAAAUUUUAGUCGUUAUAGAUUAUGAAACUUACGGGAUGGAAAAUUUUAAUAUCAACGGAACGUUAUUUUAUAUGAUAGCUCUCUGGAACGCAGUUGAUCUUAAGUUUCGAGAAAUUGACAGACCCACUGUUCAACUAAAUAUAGCUGGGAUAAUAAUACCUCAAGAUCCAAAGGCUAAUUGGUAUCUAUCGCAAAGUUACGUAGGAAACUACUCAAUUUUAGGGAGCAAAACUUUGAAAAUAGCUGGAAAAUACUUUUCUCGACUAUCUGAAAUUCCCAGGACGAAAUACGACGUUGUAGUUCUAAUGACAAGGCGUGAUAUAAUCAGCUCUGAUGACAAUAAUAAUACGUCAUUGGCUACUGGUAUCGCUGCUGUAGGAGGGGCCUGCGAUGUUCUGUCGAACGUAGCUUUAGUACAAGACACCGGGGGCUUCAGCGGAAUCAUUACCGCAGCUCAUGAAUUAGCUCACACAUUUGGCGCCGAACACGAUGGUAUACCAGCAGAAAAUCCUACCGAAAUGUUUUGUUCUGGAAACGAUGGAUACAUUAUGAGUUACAAUAAUACAGACAGCCGUUCGUGGCAUUGGUCAAACUGCAGUAUCAGUAGCAUGAGAACUUUCUUCAAUGCUGGAUAUUCAGAAUGUCUUCGCAACAAACCAGAUAUUGGCAUCCCAUACCCAAAAAUACUGCCUGGAACAAUUAUGAGUCGAAACGAACAAUGUUGGAAAAUUAAAGAAGGAUACUUUUCUAAUUGGACAGUCGAAAGUGAUUGCUCGAAACUUCACUGUACGAAAGUCGUAUUGAUAAAUGACACUAUUGAUCUUCACAUGGUCGAAAUACAUAGCCCUCCAGCCGACGGAACAUAUUGUGGAAUUGGGCAUAUGUGUUUGGAGGGAAAGUGCGUAGCUGACACGAGAUCUGUUUAUGAACCUAAUCCAGAAUAUUUGAAAUCCAAAACCUUACCAGGGGAAGUUUAUGUUCGCGAUGAUCAAUGUUCGCUGCAUGGAGAUGAAUAUUUUUCCGAAGAAGAAUAUAAUUGUUUGCAUUUGAUUUGCUCAAAAUAUAUCGGUGAUGGGAGAAUAACUGCCAAUGAAACAUUUUUUCAUCGACCAGCCGAUGGUUCAUAUUGUGGAGAAAAUCAAAUAUGUUUCGGUGGACAAUGCAUUAAAAAUAUAUUCGACGACGUUGACAGCGAUGUUUUAUAA